GUAUUAGCAGAGAACGAAAAAUAUUAGUUUUUCUUUCACAUCAUUUUGUCGCGGACGGGGAAAAUUUUUGGUCGCAGUGCGAAAUUGAUAGUUUUUUGUUUUGUGAAAUUCUAAUUGGAAAUUAACAAGAACUAAAUAAAAUCAACUAACAGUGUUGAAUGCAGAUUGUGCAUUACCACUGCUAGCGACGGCCAAAAGUAGCCGCACCGCAGACAGUUUCUGGCAAAUCGCUCACCAAAUCACAGCGCAAAACCAAAGCGAAUUUAAAUAGAGGCAACAACAAACAUGUCUUCGGUUACACAGCAUACGGGCAAUCAGCCGGUGGCGCAACAAAACGGUAAACAGCAGUCAAAUGCAGCCAAUGCCGCAGGCACAGUCGCCACCAACAACAACAUACACGACAAAGUGAGUGGCGGCGGCGGCGGCGGCGGCAAUGGGGCAGCUGGUAAUGGCGCCGGUGGUGCGAACUCCGAUACGCCAUCACAACAAAGCCCCACCAAAAAGACAGGUCUCUCGACUAAGGAGCGCGUGAUUGACAGUGUACCCUUUCCGCCGAGUCGCAAACUAACAGUGGCCGAUGUGUUUGACGCACGCACCGGUAAGCCACAACAUGACGUACUUAAACAACACUUCAUACUUGAGGGACGCAUCGAGGAGGCUGCCGCACUACGCAUCAUCCAGGAGGGUGCUACACUGUUGCGACAAGAGAAGACCAUGAUCGAUAUCGAGGCACCGGUAACAGUGUGCGGCGACAUACAUGGUCAGUUCUAUGAUUUAAUGAAAUUAUUCGAAAUCGGCGGUUCACCCGCCUCCACCAAGUAUCUCUUCCUGGGCGAUUAUGUGGAUCGAGGUUACUUUAGUAUUGAGUGUGUUUUGUAUUUGUGGUCAUUAAAAAUCACAUACCCGAAUACAUUAUUCUUACUGCGUGGCAAUCACGAAUGCCGACAUUUAACGGAGUACUUCACUUUCAAACAAGAGUGUAAGAUCAAAUACUCGGAACGUGUGUACGAUGCAUGCAUGGAUGCUUUCGACUGCUUACCACUGGCGGCACUAAUGAACCAACAAUUUCUGUGUGUCCAUGGUGGUUUGUCGCCUGAAAUACACGAAUUGGAAGAUAUACGGCGUUUGGAUAGAUUUAAGGAGCCACCAGCAUUCGGUCCCAUGUGCGAUUUGUUAUGGUCAGAUCCGUUAGAGGAUUUCGGUAAUGAGAAGAAUUCCGAUUUCUACACGCACAACUCGGUGCGUGGCUGUUCGUAUUUCUAUAGCUAUGCAGCAUGCUGUGACUUCUUACAGAAUAACAAUCUUUUAUCGAUUAUACGUGCACACGAGGCGCAGGACGCUGGAUAUCGCAUGUAUCGUAAAAGUCAAACCACUGGGUUCCCAUCGCUAAUUACCAUAUUCUCAGCACCGAAUUAUUUGGAUGUGUACAAUAACAAAGCGGCGGUGUUGAAAUAUGAAAACAAUGUAAUGAACAUUCGACAGUUCAACUGUUCUCCACAUCCUUACUGGCUUCCCAACUUCAUGGACGUAUUCACUUGGUCCUUGCCGUUCGUGGGCGAGAAAGUGACCGAGAUGCUGGUGAAUGUAUUGAAUAUUUGCUCGGACGAUGAACUCAUGACCGAGGAGAGUGAAGAGCCAUUAUCGGAUGAUGAAGCGGCGUUACGUAAGGAAGUCAUACGAAAUAAAAUACGUGCGAUCGGUAAAAUGGCGCGUGUAUUCUCCGUGUUACGUGAAGAAUCUGAAUCUGUACUGCAACUGAAGGGUCUAACACCAACUGGUGCAUUGCCUUUGGGCGCACUAUCCGGUGGCAAACAGUCGCUGAAGAAUGCGAUGCAAGGCUUCUCACCCAAUCACAAGAUCACUUCGUUUGCCGAAGCCAAGGGACUGGAUGCGGUGAACGAGCGCAUGCCGCCGCGACGCGACUCGACGCCAUCGCCAGCCGAGGAGGGACAAAAGUCGUUGUCAGCUGCCGCUGCAGCAGCGGCGAAUGCCAAUGCCAACGCCAAUGCGAAUGCAAUCAAUGGAUAAUUCUAAGUCCAUAGUGUUUUAGUAGAUAUGUAUGUCUGUAUUUAGCCUAAGUGGCCGGAUUGCAACGUUACGUUUCAUAAUAAUAUUGUGUUUGUUGUACUACGGGUAAAAUACAUAACGGAGUAAACGAGCGGUAGUUGGUCACCAGCCAAUGGUGGUCAAUAUUGAAGAAAUAAGGAAAUAUGAGCGUAACACUUACAUAAGUUAAGUAACAAUUCAAAAGUUUAGGAAUGAAAUAUCAAAAUACAACAAAUUGAAUGAAUCGUGGAGUUGUGUCAAAAGUAUAACAGAACAAGUAGAAGAUGAAGCGGAAGAAGAAGAAUAGCAAAAAAAUUAAAAUAAUUAAAAUAAAUAUUGAAUAAAACAAAGAAAAGCAGAAAAAGGAAAUGAAAAGAAAUUCAUAGAAAAUUUAAUAAAUAUCUCGUCGUUGUUAUUUCAUCUCGUCCUACUUUCGCUGCACGGUCGUACGCUAAUUUAUUUAAUAACUGUAACUAUAACUUCGCUGGCGUUGCAAAUGCAACACUGCGUUGCUGAUCCGUGUUUGAACGGUAAUAUGUUGUAUUUGAUAUAUAGUAUACCGUUAGCAUGUAAAUGCGGGCAGUUCCCACCCCACACCCUACUUGGGGCCUGUGGUUAGGAGUUUCACGUCGUGCACACACUCAUCUGGUGAUCGUUUUGUGGUCUUAUACGUGCCAUCUUCAUUAUAGUCAUACAUACAUAUGUAAUUGCUGCCUUUAUUCGUUCUGUUCGCUCGGUCAUACAUAUACAUAUACAUUUACAUAUAUAUAUUUUAUCUAAGUCAUAUAUGCAUUUUUCAAAAAUGCCUAACAAUUUAAAUGAAGAAAACAAAAAAGAAACGUAUGUACUUGUAAAGCGAUUUAUUGUAAAAAAUAUAAAUAUAUAUAUAAUUUAGUUAACAUGUAGUUAAAGUAAACGUAUGUGUACACCCGCGUCAAACUUGCAGGUAUGCUAAAACAAAAAUGAUUACAUACAUACAUACGUAGUAUAUAGUAUGUGGUAUCUAUAAGAUACAUCUGUAUACAUACAUAUAUAUUUUUUACUUUCUUGCGUUGGAGGAGUGCGCCAAUGCCAAUACUCUCGUUAUAAGAACUUUGUCCAACAAUCGCACACACACUUCUCUUCUCAGUCUGCAUAUUGCGCCUAACACACAAACACACACACACACAUACAUACACACUCUCUAUCUCUCUCUCUAACUAUCUAACUAUCUGUCUCAAUUACUUAGACCGAGCCGAAAAAGAAUCUCGAAAUAAUCAUAAAGCUUAGCAAUUUUUAUUUUGGUAUUUUUAUAAUGAUUACCUGUUAAUCUAUUGAUGAUCUACAAGUUAAUAUUUACAAAUAUGCAUAAUAUGAAUAAAAAAAAAAGAAAUCAAUGAAUGAUUGUUAAACAAAUUGUGUGAAGUACGCAUUCAAAUUGUUUAGUUAAUUGUUAAUCAAUGAAUAGACUAUCAUUUUUUGUUUUUGUAUUUUAUAUAUAUAUAUAUGUAUAUUUUUUUUUGUUUCUUUCCUUUCUAGAUCUAUUAAGCGAAAUGUAACUAUCUACUAUAAAGAAUUUAAUGAAAUUUUUCUUAAAUAAUAUUACAUUUACUUAUAACUGAAAUGUGAAUUUACAAUUAAGAUUAAAGCUAAAUAAAUAAAUAAAUAAAUAAAAUUAAUUAAAAUAAAAUAAAUAAAUACUAAAUAAAUAAGUUAAAUACAAAACCACAAAAAAAAGCAAAAAAAAAUAUAUGCAAAACAAAGAACAAUUGUUGCAACUAUCAACGCAAUCAGCAAAGCAAAUGCUAAGUUAAAAUAAAACCAAAUACAUGCAUACAUACUUUUUCAUUAAUUCAUAAUUAUUAAAUAUAAAAUAAUAUAUAAAACUUAUAGCAAUUUGAAGUACUUUACAUUAUAGAAAUACGUACGUACAUAUAACUUUAAAUAUCGCCCAAAGUACAGCAAAAGAUAAACAACAGUUGAAACCAUUGCACGAACACACAAAAUUAAUCAGAGAAGAGCAUCGAAGCGCUGCAAGUUUAGGUCAAGUCAAGUUUCAAACAAAAUGCAAUAAUAUGCCAGGCGUGUCUGCUUUUUCGCAAAUUUAUUAUUAGAUAUUUAUUUGUAUAUAUAUUCUGUCAAAUAUUUGCUGAUAUAUGGUUAUCGUUUAUCGGAAAUUAAUUAUUGUUUACAAAUCUUUCAAGCGCUUAACAGUUAAUUUAAUUAAACAUUUUUAAGUUAAACGAUUUAUGAGCAACUUUAAAUUUGUUUUGAGCGCUUGAGAGUAAAUUGAUUGAUGACACACACAAUAUUUGAUCGAAUGCUUGAUAAAGAGUGUGGCCUCAAAUCAAUGUACGGUAACUGAUGUACUUGGUAUUAGGCUGCGAUCGAUGAUUGUUGAUAAGACAAAUUAAUAAAUUUGCUGAAGGCCUCGAAAAAUAAAAAUCUCAAUUAUUUGUAGUAUUAAUGGUUUUAUUAACUAAAAAUAUGUAAAGAAAAAUUUUUGAUUUCUUGAGAAUUUGAUUUUCAAAUUUCAGAGAUGAAAAGCUCGAGAGUAAAUAAUUAACGAAUUCUAACUGAUCUACUUCGCUCACUAGAAUCAUGUUAAAUGAUAAAAGUGUGAAAUAAAAUCAGUUAAUUUGAAGAUCGAAAAAUUUAUAAAGGAAAACUUUAAGAAAUGGUUAGAGAACAGAGCUAAAAUUUGUUGAAAUCAUACUUUUGUUUGAAAGUAUAAGUUUCAAGCAUGAACUGUUAAAUAUCCAUAUAAAUAUUAUAAAAUGAAGACGCUUAGGAGCCAUUACUAUACUAUUAACAGAUCGAAACUUAAAUACUUCUGUCUUUGACCCUGCUGUAGGUAGAGGCCCUACUCUAUACGGUUAAAAAUCAAUAUAAAUGAUGUAAAAUCAGGACGAUAUAGCUAUUAUAUAUCACAGAAUAUGAUCCUUUCCUCGAAAGUCAAAACUCUAAAUUUUUCGAAAGUUUCAUUAUAAUUUUUUAAUUUAAUUAAUUAAAUUUUUAAAUUUUUUUUUCAAACAUAUUUUUAAUGCAUUAAUAUUUUUUUCACAAAGCAGACGAAGCAAAGCGAAAAGCAAAAUAAAAUCGUAAAGACUCUAUUUAAAAAGCGUAAAGCAGCUGUGAAAGUCUCUAUAGUAAAGCAACAACAAACAAAUUGAAAACACAUGAUAUCAAAAUAUAUAACAUACGUAUACUAUAUAACAAAUAUACAUAUUAGGAAAUUAUUAUGAAAAAGUGUGUAUACACCAGAGAUUGUUGCGAAGAAAGUCGCUUACGAAUCAAGCUUAGCGUAAAAAACUUACAUAGAAAAAAAGGCUAGUUUGAGUGAGCGAAUUCAUAGUAGAUACGAGUAUAUUGUGAGUGCAAGCGGUAUGAGUACGCCAGCAUAGAAAAACAAAAUUGCAAAUUAGCAGAGAGCACAUCUUCAUUUCUAGAUAAAUCUUAAAAAUUUUUCAAUUUUAUUGUAAAAGUUACAUAUUAAUUACGUAUAUCGUAAAAAACAAAAAAUAAAUAAAAACAAC